UCCCCGGGACUGCUGGAAACCAGGGAGCUGCUAGAGGGGACGCUUUCCACCGCCUUCUUUAACGCUUCCAAAUUUCCCCACCCGCUGGGGACGCUUGAGCUUGAAAAGGGGGUAAAAGCAGAAGCUGGGGGGCCUUGGCGGCCAAAGCCCCCCCGAGAAAGUGGCAUGCCCCAGUCCUGGAGGCGGAGGUGGCGGAGGACGGAGGAAGACGAUGCCGCGGCUCCGUAGGGGAGAAAGGCGAGGAGAGCGAGGCAGGCGAGUGGGGUGCCCGGGCGCCCGGCGGCUGCGGGGAGGCGCGCGCCGCUCUGAGGCUCCUCCGGCCUCCGCACCCCCGCACCCCGACGCAGCGGGCCCACCACCGGCCGGGCUUCUGCAGCCGCCUCCGUCGCCUCCACCGCCGUCCGCAGCUCCAAGCAAAAGUUUGGGCGUGGGUCGCUACGAGGCGCUGAGCGGGAUCUGCAGCCCGGCUGGAAGGAGACCUGGACAACCUUCGCAGAUUUCAGAUUGAGCUCAUUCAAGAAGUUCCUAAGUUGAUCAACACAACCACGAUCUACGACAGAAGAAGGGAGUCGCUCCAGCCAAUUGCACCCCUGUGGACCACUAGAAUUUGGCAUCAUCCCCUUACCUGUGUGGAAAAUUCUCACAAUUGAAUUUUAUUUUUGCACAUGAAGGACAUAAUCAAAGAGGGCAAUACAAGCUGAUCAGACCAGAGGCUUCAAAAGGUUCUUUCUGCUGUGUGGGUCUUCAGGGGUUUUCCUCUAAGGAGAGUUCUGGACUUUGACUGACCUUUUGGUUUUGCUACCUGCUUUUGUUUUCAUUCUAUUUUAUUGAUUUGGAUUUUCCUCAUCAUAGUGUUUUUUUAUUUCUGUUCUUCAGAAAUGGGCCUACAGAUCACCCAGUGGCCCAGCCAUGGGGCUUUUUUCCUGAAAUCUUGGCUUCUCAUUUCCCUGGGGCUCUACUCACAAGUGUCAACAAUCUUGGCGUGCCCUAACGUGUGCCGCUGUGAUAGAAACUUUGUCUACUGUAAUGAGCGAAGUUUGACCUCAGUGCCUCUUGGGAUCCCGGAGGGCGUAACCGUACUCUACCUCCACAACAACCAAAUUAAUAAUGCUGGAUUUCCUGCAGAACUGCACAACGUACAGUCCGUGCAGACUGUCUACCUUUAUGGCAACCAACUGGAUGAAUUCCCCAUGAACCUUCCCAAGAAUGUCAAAGUUCUCCAUCUGCAGGAAAACAACAUUCAGACCAUUUCACGGGCAGCUCUGGCCCAACUCCUGAAGCUGGAAGAGCUGCACCUGGAUGAUAACUCUAUCUCCACAGUUGGGGUGGAAGAUGGGGCCUUCCGGGAGGCCAUCAGCCUCAAGUUAUUGUUCCUUUCCAAGAAUCACCUGAGCAGCGUGCCUGUGGGGCUUCCCGUGGACUUGCAAGAGCUGAGAGUGGAUGAGAAUCGUAUUGCUGUCAUCUCUGACAUGGCCUUUCAGAACCUCACGAGCUUGGAACGGCUGAUAGUGGAUGGGAACCUCUUGACCAACAAGGGCAUCGCUGAGGGCACCUUCAGCCAUCUCACCAAACUCAAGGAAUUUUCCAUCGUGCGGAAUUCACUCACUUACCCGCCUCCUGAUCUCCCUGGGACAUAUCUGAUGAGGCUCUAUCUACAGGACAACCAGAUCAACUACAUCCCCUUGACGGCCUUCUCCAAUCUUCGGAAGCUGGAACGCCUGGAUAUCUCCAACAACCAGCUGCGCAUGUUGACUCAAGGUGUCUUUGAUAAUCUGGCCAACCUGAAGCAGCUCACUGCUCGGAAUAAUCCUUGGUUAUGUGACUGCAGUAUUAAGUGGGUCACGGAAUGGCUCAAAUACAUUCCUUCCUCUCUCAAUGUGCGGGGUUUCAUGUGUCAAGGGCCUGAACAAGUUCGGGGAAUGGCUGUCAGAGAGUUGAAUAUGAAUCUUUUAUCCUGCCCCACUACCACCCCUGGCCAGCCUGUCUUCACUCCAGCCCCCACGACAGCUUCUCCAACAACUCAGCUGCUUCCUGUCUUCUCUGAUGCUACUCCCAGCCCAGGAUACACCCCUGUCACUCCCACUCCUUCCAAACUCCCCACAAUUCCCGAUUGGGAUGGGAGAGAAAGAGUGACCCCACCUAUUUCGGAACGGAUCCAACUCUCGAUCCACUUUGUGAACGACACUUCCAUGCAGAUCAGCUGGCUGUCUCUUUUUAAUGUCAUGGCAUACAAACUCACCUGGGUGAAGAUGGGUCACAGCUUGGUUGGGGGCAUUGUUCAGGAGCGUAUAGUCAGUGGGGAGAAGCAGCAUUUGAGUCUGGUGAAUUUAGAACCCAGAUCCACCUACCGGAUUUGUUUAGUGCCACUGGAUGCUUUUAACUACCGAGCUAUGGAAGACACCAUCUGUACCGAGGCCACCACCCAUGCCUCCUAUUUGAACAAUGGCAGCAACACCGCUUCAAGCCACGAGCAGACGACCUCCCACAGUCUGGGCUCCCCCUUUUUGCUGGCAGGCCUGAUCGGGGGUGCAGUGAUCUUUGUGCUGGUGGUUUUGCUCAGUGUCUUUUGCUGGCACAUGCACAAAAAGGGGCGCUACACCUCCCAGAAGUGGAAAUACAACCGAGGCCGGCGGAAAGAUGACUAUUGUGAGGCAGGCACCAAGAAGGACAAUUCCAUCCUGGAGAUGACAGAAACCAGCUUUCAGAUUGUCUCCUUAAAUAACGAUCAGCUCCUUAAAGGAGAUUUCAGACUGCAGCCCAUUUACACCCCAAACGGGGGCAUUAAUUACACAGACUGCCAUAUCCCCAACAAUAUGCGUUACUGUAACAGCAACGUGCCCGACCUGGAGCACUGCCAUACGUGACAGCCAGAGGUCCGGCAUUCUCAAGGUGGACUGUGAAACUCUGGAGAACACACACCUGUGUGCACAGACAGACACACAAAUUACAUUUGAUAAAUGUUACCCAGAUGCAUUUGUGCAUUUGAAUACUCUGUAAUUUAUACGGUGUACUAUAUAAUGGGAUUUAAAAAAAAAGUGCUAUCUUUUCUAUUUCAAGUUCAUUACAAACAAUUUUGUAACUCUUUGCUUUUUAAAUCUGAAAAAAAAGUUGCUGAUGUACUGUACAGGGUUGUACAAUGAGAACCCAAGCCCAAGGCGAAAGAAAGAGUGAUUCUUCCUUAUGAUGGUCACUAACCACUUGGCUGUUUAAGGUAUCACCGUGAAUUCCUCUGCUAGAUUUGAUGUUCAGAAGAAAGGGCAGAUUUAAAAAGGACUGAUGAGCAUAGGGUAAAUCAUAUGGAUGAAAUAAGAAGUGGCCAACAUCUCUUUGUGCUAUUUCUCUGCUUCCUGAUCUGGAAGAAAGGGGUUUAUUUUUAUUUAAAAAAAAAAUCCAAAAUAGGAGAAAGAAGGUAGUUACCUGAUUUGACCCAGAGCAGGAAGUAUAGAAAGCAUCACCAGGAAGUCAGCUCCUGCGAGAAAAGUUAACUAACCCGAUAGUCCAGAAAAUGAAAUGAAAGUGAAAAGAUCCUGAAACCUGGGAGUUGGCUUUCUGACCAGAAUCUUAGACAUCACUCCUGCUUCCUUGACCCUAUGGGAAAACAGCAUUAGAGAACUAAGCUUGAUAACGUUCAUUCAUAGGGACAGGUCUGAGAUCCCAGCAAGAGAACUCCCUUGAAAGAGUUACUAUUCAAAUCAUAUGUCAGAUUGAAUGGCAUUUGACAGAAAUAUAUUCUAGAGUACUUUUUUUAGAAGAGGCUAAUAAAAUAACGGGAAGAAUUAUAUUGAAUGGAAUUAUUUUUGAUAAUGAGAAUUAUUUGGGUAGAAGAUUCCUUGUGGCUAUGUCAACAUGAUAUUUAAGCCAACCAGAGUUCAAUGUUUGUAUUAUACUCAAACACUAUGUAAUUUAAAGAAAAUAUUGGUACCAUGUAGACAAAAAAUCAAGUGAUCAAUGGUUCUGCUAUACUUUUAUCAACUGACUUGGAUAGUGUCAUGUUGACAUAGCUUGAAUUAAUUAAUACCUUUAUCCCUUGGCAAAUUCUUGUCUUCCAAUCACCUCUCCUGUAUUUUCAUGAUUAGUUGUUUCUGCCAUAUUUGUUUGCUUUGUCUUUUGCUCAAUAUUAAAAAAAUCACUGAUGCCAGUUUUAUGUGCAACCAUAAAUUUAUCAAUAUAAAUUUAGAUACUUUAAAAUGGAUACUAACUUUUACUGCUAUUAAAUAUGUAAGGAUUCUUUAAAGCUGGCCAAAAUAAUGUAUUUUUUUUAUAAAAGCAAUAGCAAGUUUCCACCUUGGUCUGACUUUGAUCCUGUUUCAUUUUUGAAAUUUCAUUUAUUUCUUUUCAAUCUUGUAUGUUCCUCUUCUUUGGGAAAUGUGGAAGGAUAAUCAAUCUUAUAUUAACUGGAUAACAGAUGAAAAAUGAUCAAGCCUGAGAAUGAAGGCUUGUCCUUUCCUAUGAUAUGAGCAGAGCAUCAAACAGAAAGUAUAGAUGAGAGGAUUUCCCAUCUUUAACUUUAUAUAUUUGAUACACCUGCAGAAAGCAUAUGUAAUUUACUCCUUUCCAUCCCUUAGAUGUAGAAGGGCUAUAGAUCACAUACAUUACCUUUAAAAGUACACCAUUGGAAAAUUCCUUUUACAAUAAAUUAUCAGCAUUUCACCCUGUGUUGUUUAUUUGCUGUAUCAUGGCCAUUAUUUUAGGAACCCACAAGUUAAUAUCACAAUCAUUUUGUUUUUGCUUUUUCUCUCCCUCCCUCUCCCUCUUAACAAAAUAAAACUGUGAUGUGUCUUCUUUGUAAAAGUUUAGGUAUUAAAUGCUAUGCAAGUUUUUCUUUAUAGUAAGAGCUUUAUUUUCUUUAAUAAUAUAUCCCCAACUUAUAUGUUUUAAUAUCUUUUGUCCCUCAGAAUAAGCAGAAAAUAUAAGUAAAGCUUAUGUAGAAACAAGAAUUGAAACUGUGCAGUUGAGCUAAAGUUAGCUAAGAAUUAUUUUGAAUUACUUUUAAAAUGUUUUUGAUCUUUAUGUUAAUUUCUUAGCAGGUGAGUUUGGGCUUUAGUUUUUUGAAAGCUAGGUCCACACAGUGAAUAAAUAAGACAAUCUAUGAAGGAAAUCAGUACAGUAGAACUAAUUCUUCUAAAAUGUGGAACAAUGACAUCUCAUUUGUAACUUUAUCUGGAUAAUUCCCUUCCAUAGUCCUUUUCCUUUUAGUUGUGUAGAUAAAACUAUAUGUUCAAAUAAUGGUACUUUGACUUUUGAGGUUUUAUUUUUCUCUCCUUUUUGUCCAAAAAUACAAUCAUCAUUUAUUUUUAUUAUGUGUAUUCUCCCAACUGGGAAAUUCUGCUGCUGAAACUUCUUUGCAUUUGGGCCAAGAAGGCCAAGGUUGAAAAAAUUUCCAUAAUGUCCUCUAGGAUUCACAGAACUAAUUGGGCUUAAAUUUUACAAUAGAGACCUAGUCUUUAAAAAAAAUUAUGAUAUCUGGUUUUUUUGGUAAAAGGUUUUCCUAAAGAGAUAGAAUCUAAUUACAGUAUUUAUUAUAAUCUUGUUUACAAUAUGACAUAGACCACUAAAAUAAAAAUCCAUCUCCUUUUGGAAUAGUAUCUCUAGAGCUCUCAACUACAACAGGAUGGAAAGUACAUCAUGGAAUUUUUUAAUGUCUUCUGUGUCAUAGGACAACUGAUGACAUCCAUCAGCAGCAGAUUGUUCACCAACGGGCACUUUUAGAUAUGACAAGUGCUUUGCUAACAUAUCUGCUCUGUUGUGGACAUACCUGCUCUGUAAUGGGUCCUCUCACUGCCACUAUUAAAUAUUUUGAGAAAACUAGUUCAGAGUUGGAGUUGACAGUGAAAGACCAUGGAAAGGUCACAACCAUGUACAAAGUCCUUUUCAAAAGUUUUUAAGAAGUGUGAUCCGCCUGACCCGAAGAACUGCUUUCCAAGAGUAGAUCUUGAGAAGUGGUUUCAGUUAGUAGAUCUUGAUCAGAGUUAGGCAAUUGCCACUGCACUGAGGAAAUCCUAAAAAGAACAUAGUUAGACACGAUCAUACUUGCAUUCCAUAUUAUUGUUCAUACCCAGAAUUAUCAUUAACACUUAUUUUGGGGAGAGGUGUAUAUGAUCAUGACACAACCUAUGCUUCCCUUGAAACUGUCAUUUGCUUAAGUAGUAAUCACAGGCAGUGUGACAAGGAGAGUUACCCUGAAAAUUUUUCUUCUGCAUCCAGCAAAAAACAUCCUCCCCAAUGAAGAAAUAAAAGCAAUUUCUAAUUAUAUGGAUGUUGAUAUUUCUAAUUAUAUGGAUAAAAAUAUGUUAGAUAUUUACCUCCCAGUUAAAAAGAUAAAAAAAAGCAUCCAAGGUUCAAAACAAAAAAAAAAAUGUGUCAUGUGAAGAGUCUGUAUAAAUGUAUUGAUUACAUAGCUGAUAUGAUGACUCCUUGUUUUUCUAGUGCAGAUUGUCACUGUCUUAGUCAUUUCACCAAAGUCAGAACUUUCCUCCCCAGUCCAGAGGAUAAGUUGUAUAGGUUGUGAGCUGAGAAUCCAUCCAAACACAAGGCAGUGUUGCAAUUCAAUCCACCGGGAGCAGGUGUUGCCUGGAUCAUUAAAUCUGGACUUCAGAGUCCACUGUCACAUCUAGCAUUCCACAGUGAGGUACUUAAUUUCAUUUGGAUUCUUUAUUUACAGCAUUUUGUCUAGCCUAUAACAAGGAGACAUUAAGUUUUUCUGUAGAAAAUGAGAGUAAUUGUUUUGUUCACUACUUCCCCUUCUAGAUGCCUAUUGCUAAAAGCAGUGAAGAACUCCAAAAGAGAAAAAAAAUACAGGCACAAAAUAAACCCUCACCUAGGUCUUAGAAUUGGGAAACCUUGCCUGAUUCUUUUUUUUUCCUUAAAAAAUGAAUUUACUAAUGUAGAAAGCUGUGGCUUGCUUUCUUCUCUAAAAUUUGGCAGGAUGGAAGGAUUGCUGAAACAGGGCGUUCUUGCCACUAAGUGUGGAAAGUUUUGGAACCUAUAUAAUAUUAUUGUAACAAACCAGGAUUUUUAUUUUAAUUUUUUGCUAUGGUUUUGUUUUGUUUUCCUAUCAUUUUUUAGUAGCACACCACCUGAAGAGCACAAAGCAAAAACAUCCCACAGGCAUUUUUAAAUGAGUACAAAACACAUACAUUGCGUGCACACACAUACACAAACACACACACUGAGGCAUUUGUAAAAUAUUCAUGGGAUGUAAAAUUUAUAGCCUGUCUGAGGUAAGGUAAAGGCUUGUGUCCACUGUUUGUCCCUCAAAGGACCAGUAUAUAAUCACUGAAAGUUAUUCCUGAUGAUUUGUUCUUGUUUGAACCAUAUGUUGAUUUGCUUCUGGUUUGUGUUCAGUGGGUUUUCUCUGACAAGGGACUGCAAGGGGCUGGAAGAUUCUGCAUCACAAUCCUCCGAGACCUACUAUGUCGCACACUUUGUUAACUAAAACUUCACUCUACACUAUACAGUACCUUGUUGAUAUAUUCAGUAAAGGCUUAUUUUAAAAAGAAAA